AUGUCGGACAACGGAACAAUCUUGGGCCCUCUCACACGCACAUGGACAUACCCAAGCCGAUGCAAUCUAUUGUUUCUGGCGGACUGUCCCACUUGCACAAUAGCAGUACAAGCUCAAAAGUGCAACACUGCGAGUUCAAUCACAGUCGAGAGCUUCGAGGAUCUUUUAUGCUGGCCUCCAGCGACGAAGUCAAAAGCAUUCAAGCCUCCUAUCAGUUUUGGAGGUAUUUACAAACCCGCCAGCGAAUGUCCCCAAGGAUACACGGUCGCUUGCACAGCCGAAGGCACAACAAAAAGCGAUUUCGAGUUCCAAUACGAAGCCAAUGAAGAUGAGUUCAUCAGAGGCUGUUGUCCAUCAUUGGGGACUGACGAUAACGCAGUGGCUACGAAUGUGCCAAAUAUGGAGGCACACAAACGUGUGAGAGUGUCUAUUCAACAGCUAGCUGGGUCGGAACCAUUCGAGAUUUCAUCGACGUCAGAUAGUGAAUCGGUGUUUUUGACAUCGUCAACAACAAAUUUGUCAUCAACAUCGGCAGAAACCUCCACAUCCAGCGUGGAGCCAGACUCUAGAGGGGGGCUAUCGACGGGAGCACAAGCUGGCAUCGGUGUCGGAGUUGGCGUUGUUGGGUUCGGAAUUUUAGGCGCAGCCUUUUACCUCUGGCGAAGAAGGAGAAGGUCGAAGGUACCGUCAAAGUCUAUGCUGGAAUCAUCUCAGUUGGAUUCAAGAGAAGUAAAGCCUCCAGGCGAACUGGGAGGAACGCCACUAGCACCUUCUCAAUAUGCUGCAGCUGAGCUUGAUGGAACUCCCGUGAGACAGGAGUUGCCAUAA